CCCUCCCAGAUGAUGAAGUUUGCCUGGGAUAACUACAAGCAGUACGCCCUGGGGAAGAACGAGCUGCGCCCGCUGACGAAGAACGGCCACAUCGGGAACAUGUUCGGAGGCCUUCGAGGAGCAACUGUGAUAGAUGCCUUAGAUACCCUCUACAUCAUGGAACUCGAGGAGGAAUUCCAAGAAGCCAAGCAGUGGGUGGAGAAGAGCUUUGACUUGAAUGUGAACGGAGAAGCUUCCCUGUUCGAGGUGAACAUCCGCUACAUCGGAGGGCUCCUGGCCACCUACUACCUGACAGGAGAGGAGGUGUUCAAGAGCAAAGCUCUGGAACUUGGGGAGAAACUUCUGCCAGCCUUUAACACCCCCACUGGAAUCCCACGUGGAGUCAUCAACCUGGGCAGUGGCAUGAGUUGGAGCUGGGGCUGGGCAUCCGCUGGAAGCAGCAUCUUGGCAGAAUUUGGGACCUUGCACCUGGAAUUCCUGCACCUCUCUGAGCUCUCUGGCAACCCAGUGUUUGCAGAAAAGGUGAUGAACAUCCGCAGGGUGCUCAGCAGAGUGGAGAAGCCGCAGGGCCUUUACCCCAACUUCCUGAGCCCGGUGACGGGGAGCUGGGUGCAGCACCACGUCUCCAUCGGGGGGCUCGGGGACAGCUUUUAUGAAUAUCUCAUCAAAUCCUGGCUGAUGUCAGACAAGAAGGACUCUGAAGCUAAAAAGAUGUACGACGACGCCUUGGAGGCAAUAGAAAAACAUUUGGUGAAAAAAUCUGCAGGAGGCUUGACCUACAUCGCUGAGUGGAGGGGUGGCAUCCUGGACCACAAGAUGGGCCACUUGGCCUGCUUCUCUGGGGGCAUGAUUGCCCUGGGGGCCGAGCACGCUGCGGAGGAGAGGAGGCAGAGGCACAUGGAGCUGGCAGCAGAGAUCACCAGCACCUGCCACGAGUCCUACACACGCUCAGACACCAAGCUGGGCCCCGAGGCAUUCCGCUUCGACGCGGGGAGCGAGGCCAUGGCCACACGGCUCAGCGAGCGCUACUACAUCCUGCGGCCCGAGGUGGUGGAGAGCUACAUGUACCUCUGGAGGCUCACCCACGACCCCAAGUACAGGCACUGGGGCUGGGAGGUGGUGCAGGCCCUGGAGAAGCACUGCAGGGUGGAAGCUGGCUUCUCCGGCAUCCGAGACGUUUACACCACCACGCCCAGCCACGACAACAUGCAGCAGAGCUUCUUCCUCGCAGAGACUCUGAAGUACCUCUAUCUUCUGUUCUGUGAAGAUGACGUGCUGUCCCUGGAGGACUGGGUGUUCAACACCGAGGCUCAUCCCCUGCCCAUCAACCACACGGACUUUAAAGCAGCGGCGCAGCCCUGAGGCCCCUGCCCAGCCCCUGCUCCCCCAGCCUGGGCAGACUCUGCUUUUCCUUUCCAUUGAAGGAAUUCCUCUUGUUCCUGAAAUGGUAUUUGGGGGCACUAGUCCAAUUCCGGACAGUAUUUUCUUGGGAAGAUGAACCAUGACUAAGCACCUUCUUUUCCUCUGUGAGGAGCUCUACUAGGCUGAUGAUGAGAUGUUUAUUCUGGGCCAUACACAGUUCAUAGACAUUCCUUUAUACAGAGAAUUUAUAUGAAAUCCACUGAUUUUGCUUUAUAGUGGCCAAAGGACUGGAAGUUUGCCAUAAAAUAGACUUUACACACACACUCUCACACUCAUCCUCCUUUCCUUUCUCUGUUUCAUUUCUGCUCUUGGAUUUAUCACCUUCCCAGUGACCAGUUCUCACCAUUCUGGGCUUUGGGGGCUCUUCAGGAGGGACAGGGGAACGAGGAAGGGCUGUUGUCCUUGGUGUGGGAGAGCAGCUGGAAUUCUUGGGGAUGGCUGAGGAGCCAGCUGAGAGCUCAGCAGUGAAGAGAGGACAGGGAAAGGUGAUGUUUUACUGGGAAAAUUUAGAGGAUCAAACCCUCCCACAAACAGGAGCAGCCUCAGGUUGGAAUUUGCAGAUUUCAGGCCCUGCUCCUCCUGGGGGAUUUGAACCACUCUGAUCCCUGCUGGAGGGGUAACUCAGCAGGACAGGAGCAAUCCAGGAGCUCCUGGGGUGGACUGGUGAUGAAUUCCUCCUCCAAGGGACACAGGAGCCAACAGAGGGGCUCUGCUGGCCCCAAAAUGAAGAUCCAAGGCAGGUCUGGCUGCAGUGGCCAUGGAUGGUGAGUUCAGGAUCCUCAGAAUUGUAACUAAACCAAAACUUGGCUGCAAAAUCCUUGCUCCUGAUGUAUUUUUAUAUACUUUUUUUUUUCCGUGCUCUUAAAACACAUUUACCACCCAUCACAUCUCAUUUAACUUUCCUUUAUCCUUUUUUUUUUCUUGUGUUUUUCUACUUUUAUUUGGAACUAAAUGUUACGAGUCACUUGUAAUAAUUUUACUGCUGUAAUAGUCAGAUCUGUGAAACAGAAUAAAAGUCUUGUAAAAUAAAAA